AGGAUGCUCGUAUGCAGCCUCUACUUACGGUUUCUUGACGCUCUCAUCUCACCACCAUAGACAGAUAUGUCUGCUGUGCGGUCCAGCUUCUCUGACCCUCCAUCAGAUGCAGAGGAUGAAGAGGUCGAUCAGGAUGGAGUGACCAUGCAUGGCCUUGCAGACGCGCUCGAAGUCUAUAUGGGUUACCUUCCAUCAUUUCGUGCACACUUGCGGGAUACCAGAGCCCACCUUGUUGGGUCUAUCCCCUUUUAUGAUGGCACCGGUCUCAUUCCUUCAACCGAGUCUACGCCCGCACCACAUACUAACCAAGAUGAUGGUCUUUCUCCUCCUGAACAGGUAGAAGGGGAUCCUGAGCUACCACUACGUGAAUCAAAUCCAACGGUCUGGAGCUCCUCACUCUCUUCUUGGUCCCAAUCAGAGGUAGACGUGUUCUUCCACGCUGUAUCGGUCUACUCUCGCUGGCGGCCGGACUUAAUCGCAGAUGCCUUAAAGACUAAAGGCGAGAUCGAAGUUGUAGAGUUCCUCGUUACUCUGGACUCUUGCGCUCGUUCUCGCGCCACCGAGACCAAGACCGAUCAGGACAGCCGUGACAUUGUGUCGACGGCGCCUGCCGCGAUUGAAGUCUCGGAUGAAUGGGUGGCGGCAGAAGAGACUAUGGCUACCGCUCUUGUCAUCGAAGAGGAUCACGGGGAAAUUGAAGAACUUGAGGCGCUGAGGAGAAAGAGAGUCAGGGAGGCAAGGGCAGAUAUGAUCCCGAGAGGGAAGAGGAGGCGUGUCACGGCAGGAAUUGGCGAGGACGAACUCAUGGCGAGUGAGGAUUCGGAGAGGGAUGUUUUCGAGCAUGAGAUUGUGAGCGUUGAGGUCGUUGCGGGGAAAGCUCUCUUCGAAAAAUGGCAUGCGCGUAAGAUCGCCGCUUGGGAACGAGAUGAUCUGCUUAAGAAGCUGGAGGAUAUGCAUUUGCAAGUCUUGGAUGCAAUUCUGCGCGAGGAUGAGGAGGCACAGAAAGGGAAGAGUCUGAGCCGCGAAGGGAGUGCUGAUGUGAUCUCGCAGGAUCCAGAGACCGAAAUGGACCUGACAGCACUCUCUCCCACAUCUCGCCGACGCCUUACGAAGCGACUUUACAUGCGGCGAAAGCGCGCGCAGCUCCGAGGCGAAGAUGUGGCACCAGUGGGCCUAGCAAGAAUGAAGCCUGGGAGGAAGGGAAAAGAAAAGGUGGCUAGAGUGGUGGAGGAGACCGAGAAAGAGAAGUUGUCCUCUGGCAAGAAAGGCAGGAGAAUGACAAUGACUCCGGAUCUCACUGAACCUGACCCCGAAGCUGAUGACGAUGACCUUGGGGACGCGGGCGAGGCGACCACCAAGAAGCGUAUCAACGUCGGUGGAAAAACGCGUUACCAAAAAAUCAGGUCCGAAUUCGAACAUGCUGGGAUCAAUGCAUCCUACCUGAGUAAACACGGUAUGGAUCUCUUCCAUCUUGGGCGUUUGGGAAAGCUUGUUGGGAUAUACAAAUCGUUCGAACAAUAUCCAGAGGAUGAUGUUGGCGCCACCUACAUCUCCACGGAGUUGAUACGGUACCUUCAAGCAUUGGUAGUGUCGUUCACAACGGAUGUCAUCCACCGCGCAACCAUGUGGAAGGAACAGGCUGACGAGCUCAAGGGCCAGAAAAAGGUUUGGAAGAGCGCGCUGCACCAGAUAAAUCAACCAGCUGUUGAGCAUGCAUUGAAGACAACUGGUGUGAGGAGCUUGAAUCGGCAGGAGCACUUCUCAAAGCUUCUUGAUAACUGCGAUUUACUCCCGGACACACGGAAGCGCAAGCAAAAAUCUAGCCACCCUGCGGGUGCGGAGGAUGAGCGAGCGAGCGCUUCGGGACAUUCUCCCGACGCCCAGAGCUAUGACAUUGAACUUUCGCCUCAUCGUACAAUAUACACCCCUGCAUUACUUGCCCCCGCCUCGUUCGAUAUUGGUUUUGUGGACACUUUCUUCCCGGGUUACGAUGCAUGUUUCCCAUCGAAAACCCGGAUCAGUGUGGAUUCACACGAGAUGGAGGACUCCUUGCUCUUGGAUGAGACAGACGAGGAGGCUCUUAAAGAUGAGUUGCGGGAAGAUGAGAUGUUGGAUCAGGCUGACGCGGAAGCUGGUAAGAAAGUUGAGGAGCAGCUAUGGGCUGAAGUCGAGAGAGAAGAGGGAGACGAUGCCAGUGUAGCGUCCGAGAGGUAAUAUUUGAAUGUGGAUAAUAAACCCUAUAGCUACCUCAUCACUUUACAUAGCUGCUUAAUACUUAUUGGAUGGGGUAUCAUUGAUGCUUGUGAUAAUAUAUUCAUGGCGAUACACACUGUAUAUCGGAUCCGC